GGAAGUGUCCAGGGUAACAGUCCCUCUUAGUAUCUACCUUCUGGCCCUGCUUGCCUGGCUGUGCCCUGGACCCAGCUUUGCUAGAUCUCCUUGGAAACUGGGCCCGGGCAGGGCAGCAGAAAUGGAUCUGAGGUCCUUUGGGACCCUGGGAGGUUUGGGGACUUCCCAUCCAACAUAGGCCUGCCCUGGCUGGAGAAGACUGGUGGGGGCUGACGUAGGGCUUGAAGGCAGCCGGCCCAGCCCAGAAGUGCUAUUUAUUGGGUAUUUAUUGUUCAGAUGUCACCACUGGAAAAGAGGCGAAGGGUAGAAGGGACGGGUCCAGCCCAGCCAGCCUGCAGGAAGACCUGGCUUGAGCUAUUGUGGGCAGGGACCCCUUCCCAGCCAAGCCAAAUGGAGCUGGCUGUAAGCUGAGGCCUGACUUUUUCAAUAAAACAUUGUGUACUUCUGGGCCUCCUGCUGCCCCAGCUCUGUUUCCCUUGGCGGCAAGGGAAGAAGGCGGAACUGAACUCAGGCCCAGAGCUGGCUGCUCCCAAGGCUGUGCCCUUUCCGGUAAUUUCUGGCCACCCCCAUGGGCCAGGCUGUCCCUCCCACUGGCCCUGGAGCCCCUCCCCCCCACAGCAGAUAAGCCCAGCACAGGACUGCUUGCCUAGCAGCAGGCGCUAGGGCUGGGAUGGGGCCACCCGGCUCCCUGUGGCAGUGGGGACUGCUGGUGGGACUGCUGGUGGGGCUGCUGCUUCCCCCUGCUGCCCCAUUCUGGCUCCUCAAUGUGCUCUUCCCCCCGCACACCACGCCCAAGGCUGAGCUCAGUAACCACACACGGCCUGUCAUCCUCGUGCCUGGCUGCCUGGGGAAUCAGCUAGAAGCCAAGCUGGAUAAACCGGAUGUGGUGAACUGGAUGUGCUACCGCAAGACUGAGGACUUCUUCACCAUCUGGCUGGAUCUCAAUAUGUUUCUGCCACUCGGGGUGGACUGCUGGAUUGAUAACACCAGGGUUAUCUACAACCGAAGCUCUGGGCAUGUGUCCAACGCCCCUGGUGUACAGAUCCGCGUCCCUGGCUUUGGCAAAACCUACUCUGUUGAGUAUCUGGACAGCAGCAAGCUAGCAGGUUACAUGCACACACUGGUGCAGAAUCUAGUCAACAAUGGCUACGUGCGGGAUGAGACAGUGCGAGCUGCCCCCUAUGAUUGGCGGCUAGAGCCCAGCCAGCAGGAGGAGUACUACCGGAAGCUGGCAGGGCUGGUGGAAGAGAUGCACGCUGCUUACAGGAAGCCUGUCUUCCUCAUCGGGCACAGCCUUGGCUGCUUGCACUUGCUCUAUUUCCUGCUGCGCCAGCCCCAGGCCUGGAAGGACCGCUUCAUUGAUGGCUUCAUCUCUCUUGGGGCUCCCUGGGGUGGCUCUGUCAAGCCCAUGCUGGUCUUGGCCUCAGGUGACAACCAGGGCAUCCCAAUCAUGUCCAGCAUCAAGCUGAGAGAGGAGCAGCGCAUAACGACCACUUCACCCUGGAUGUUUCCCUCUCGCAUUGCGUGGCCCGAGGACCAUGUGUUUAUUUCCACACCUACCUUCAACUACACAAGCCGUGACUUCCAGCGCUUCUUUGCAGACUUGCGCUUUGAGGAAGGCUGGUAUAUGUGGCUGCAGUCACGUGACCUGCUGGCAGGCCUCCCAGCACCUGGUGUGGAAGUGUACUGUCUUUACGGAGUGGGCCUGCCUACACCCCACACCUACAUUUAUGACGAUGGCUUCCCUUACACGGACCCUGUGGGUAUGCUCUAUGAAGAUGGUGAUGACACAGUGGCCACACACAGCACUGAGCUCUGUGGUCUCUGGCAAGGCCGCCAGCCACAGGCUGUGCAUCUGUUGCCCCUGCAUGGGCUACAGCACCUCAACAUGGUCUUCAGCAACCAGACACUGGAACACAUCAAUUCCAUCCUGUUGGGUGCCUACCGCCAGGAUUCCCCUGGAUCCCUCAAUGCCAGCCCAGAGCCUUUGUCUCCUGAAUAAAGACCUGUCUUUGCUGCUGUAA